AUGCCCAUCAUCCUCUUUGAAGCAAUGCAUGAAGCAAACUACUCUGUGGUGUCUGAGUUUGUCUUCCUGGGACUCUCCAACUCAUGGACAAUCCAGCUGUUCCUCUUCCUCUUUUCCUGUGUGUUCUACGUGGCAAGUCUGUUGGGAAAUUUUCUCAUUGUGCUAACUGUAACUUCAGACCCCCAUUUACAGUCCCCUAUGUACUUCCUAUUAGCCAAUCUUUCCUUUCUUGACUUGAUAUUUUGCUCCUCCACGGCACCCAAGAUGAUUUACGACCUUUUCAGAAGGCACAAAACCAUCUCUUUUGGGGGCUGUAUCACUCAGAUCUUUUUCAUCCAUGCAGUUGGAGGCACUGAGAUGGUGUUGCUCAUAGGCAUGGCUUUUGAUCGAUAUGUUGCCAUAUGUAAGCCUCUUCACUACCUGACCAUCAUGAGUCCACAAAAGUGCAUUCUAUUUUUAGUUGCUUCUUGGAUUAUUGGCUUCAUCCACUCAGUGACUCAGUUGCUUUUUGUGGUAGACUUACCCUUCUGUGGCUCUAAUGAAUUAGACAGCUUUUUCUGUGACCUUCCUCGGUUUAUUAAACUUGCUUGUAUGGACACCAAUGCACUGGAAUUUAUGGUUACUGCCAACAGUGGGUUCAUUUCUGUAGCCUCCUUUUUAAUUCUGAUCAUCUCUUACAUGUUUAUUUUGAUGACUGUUCAAAAGAAAUCUUUGGGGAGUUUAGCCAAGGCCCUCUCCACUCUGUCAGCUCAUGUCAUGGUGGUUGUUUUGUUCUUUGGACCCCUAAUCUUCUUCUACAUGUGGCCAUUUCCAACAUCACAUCUGGAUAAAUUUCUUGCCCUCUUUGAUGCAGUUAUUACUCCUUUUCUAAAUCCAGUAAUUUAUACACUUAGGAAUAAAGAUAUGAAGGUGGCAAUGAGAAGACUAUGCAGUCAGUUUAUUAACUACAAUAAAAUUUCUUAA